AUGAACCUGAACACGGACGUUGUGUCAACGACGAUAAUCCUUUGUUUUCUGGUCGGACUGGUGGAAUCGAUGUUAAAUGUAAAGAAAAUCAAUGGUCGAAAAUUUCCAGUAAGUUUUUUCCGCAUUAAUUAAUAGCAAUCUUUCCAUUACUUUGUCAUAAUUUCUUAUACUUCACACGUAACUUUCAAUAUUCUGCCUUUUUUAAUUCAUUAAAUGAAAACUUUGGAAUUCCGACACUAGGCAGGAAUUCGAAUGACUUUCACGACGGUUCGACCAAAUUUAAAAUUCCAAAACGUCAGCACUGUGGUGGGAAAUUUUCUCGGUUUCAGAAAAGGUCAUAUAUGUUCCCCGCAAAACACAGUUAUUAAUGGGAAAUCACUAAAUAUAUUGAAUGAGAAAAGGAGUCAAGGUUACUUUUAGAGUAUACUGUAAAUAACAGGGGUUUCCUAGAAGCGCUAAAGAGGAAUAAAGAGACAUCUUGUAUGUAAAUGAACAUGGUUAAUCCCGUUGGCUUAGCCCGCCAAAAAUUACAAAAAUUCCCCCACACUAGCUGAUAAUCCGUUUGUUCAUGCACAAAUUUGAUGCACAACUCGGUUAAAAAUAUCCCCGAACGUCUGGUCUGCGCUAAUUAUGGAACUCAAAUCGUAGGAUGGAAAAAGAUGAAAGAAAAAUAUUUAGUGAGAGGAUUAGUCGCGGUACAGAUUACCGAGUAAUUUGAAUUGAUUCUUUCAGCACGACGCAUUCCCUGAACCGACGUUCGACAAGAAUGCGCCCUUCUGCAUAGCUGAACGCGAGCCCUGCGGGUUUUAUUCGUUUGGCCAUAACUUUGGAACGACGCCUUUCAAAUGGGUCAAAUCAUGGUAAGUCAACUUAUAAAACGCUUUGAUAACCAAAAAUAGAUACUGGGCGAUGUAUUUAAUUAGGAUUUUUAAGCAAAAUAUGCCAAUUUCUUGGCUACAAAACUUGCAACGCACUCAACUUCCCAUUGUCCGUCUUGCAUUGUUUUUUCUCGUUCCUUCGGCUUCUGUAAGAUAAUCAAUUUGCCUUUUCCCAUCAUACGGGAAGAAUGCAUGAUCCAUCUUAAACUCUUCUCCUACAGCUGACCAUUUGACGUAUUUUCCGCGGCUUGCGAAGAUAAAAAGUACCGUAAUCGGAAUUUCGAUUUCUGUCACCUUUCUCUUUGAUUGGCUCUGCAAUGAAGGUCAUCUUUGUCGGUUUCUGCGAUAUUCUGAGAAGCACUGGGUUACUGAUAAGGUCUGUGGGUAAAUACUUCGAUUCUCACUGGAGUAACGCCAGAUUGGCUGAGUUAUUUUUGGUACCUUAGUUAAGAGUUGUGUCCAGCCGCGUUUGAGAGGAUUCACAUUGAUUUUGCGGUUCCUAUAUCAGUGCUCGCUGAAAAUUCUGCGCCUGGAAUCUGAUUGUCUUCCGGCUCCAGAAAACGCACAUAAAUUACAUAUCAGCAAAUUUUUAAUUACAAUUUUUUAUUCCAUUAACGAUUGACAUUAGGGUUUAUCACUUGCUGUACUCUUGCAUUCCUAGCCAACAAAAUUGGUCGAUCAAAUGAUAAGCGGCGUUUUGGCGUGGUUUCAAAUCCUCGGUUCUGUAAAAUAAGUCUAAUAUACGACAUUACAUAUUGUAUUAGAGUGAAAGGGGAGUGAAAAUGAAGUUUAUAGAAAGAAUCACAUUUUUCUAUUUUAUAAAAAUUUUACUUUACGAUAUAUUUUUUAUAGUACAUGGUCUAGUAUGGUACAAAAAAACCAAAAAAUCGGAUAUAAAUGACCCCUGGUCCGCGUGUUCUUUGGUGGGACAAGAAAACUGACCUGCGGAGAAGUAAUUAAUCAGCUGUUAUCAGCAACCGUUUCCAAUUCUCUUCACAUUUCACUUGUUGUAAUUCCGGCACACCUUCUCUAUUUUUAUGAAGGCAGCACGUGACGGGAGUACGAAGUUCAUCAUGUAAUCACUGAUGAUCUAGCUCCCAAUUAUUGCGGGAAAACAAGGCAAUCAAGGAGGGAAAACCUGUUCCCGGAGGGCGAGGCCAACAAAUUGAUUUCCCUUAAUCUACAAGCUGGCGGAAAAACAGAUGACAACCUGCGUCAUCACGAUCUUAAGCAGAACCGGAUGCUCAAAUUGCGUCGAUAUUCUAGAAAAUAUAAUUGCGCUGAGAACUUCGUUUCUAAAUUUGCAUUGUCCUCUUCAUAGUGUAGCUUAUCCGCACUUUAAAACAUUCGCCGCUGAUAGGGCUUUUUUCAAUGUCAUUUUUUCCAUUGAUAGGAGGCUAUGGGCUCCUGCUUCUGUUUGCAAUACGGCCUGUCCAAACAAGGGGAAGUUUAUCAUCACAGUUGCUGAUAAAUGUAGUUUCGGGUUGGGACAAGAAGCCAAUAGCGCAGAGGCACGUGAAAUCAGGCAAAAAAAAUAGACGGCACAAACUUUGCGAAAUGCAAAAAAUGACAUUUUUACCUCUUAUCGUCAGAAAAUAUUCAUAAUAAGUUCGACAUUAAAUACCAUUAAUUUUAAAGCCAGAAUUCAUAAUAUAUGAAAGUUAUAGCCUUUGCGAAAAUUACAUUAAAUAAAUUAAAUUUUUCAGGUGCAAAUGUUCGGAGGAGCAUGAGUGUGUUUUCGACCGGACCGACAUGAGGAUGAGGGUCUUUCGACAAGUCUGCGUGUCCAAGGAAAAGGCUCAAGAGAAGGAGAAUGCCGAGGAAUCGAUUGAAGAAAUCACCAGCCUUCGAAACGAAUCCACUCCGAAAGACCGUAGAAAACAUCGACGCUCAACGCAUCGACAUGUUCAUCAUCACAGAACCGACUGA